ACUAUUUUUGACGUAAUCGAGAAAAACGACGCCGGUUUGGCUUUGGCGGCUUUUGUUUUAUUGAAUUUAUAGUUUUCGUAAAAGAUCACAACUUUAAAAUGGCUUACAAAGGCCCCCCGAAAGUGCAAAAGGUGAUGGUACAACCCAUCAACCUUAUCUUCAGAUAUCUGCAGAACAGGAGCCGUGUGCAAAUUUGGCUGUACGAAAAUGUGAACUUGAGGAUCGAGGGACACAUCGUAGGAUUCGACGAAUACAUGAACAUUGUGUUGGAUGAGGCCGAAGAAGUGCACAUGAAAACGAAAAACCGCAAGCAGAUCGGACGUAUUAUGAUGAAAGGAGACAACAUAACGCUUAUUCAAAAUGUCAACCCAAACGCGACGACUGUGUGAAAUUAGGUUAAAAUCUAAACAUUCCUAGUUAAUAAGUGUGACGGUCUGCGUUUGUGACUUGUGACGGUGUCUCGGUCGUAAUCUAAUCUAAUUUUUCAUUAAAACUUAAGAUCAAA